UGGGGCCGAGCGGUGGGGACCUUGAGGGUGGCCAGGCCAGCUUUGGAUCCUGCGGGGAGCGGGGAGCUGAGGGGAGCGACGCCGAGGAGCGGGCGCACCACGGAGGGCGAGACAAGCUCCGGAAGCCCGGCAGCGCUUUCUCGCACAGCUGCCAACUGGCCGCUGCCGACGGUCUCCAGCUCCCGAGGACGCGCGACCGGACACCGAGCCCCGCCGCAGCCGAGGACAGCUCGCCGCUCGCCGCAGCGAGGCCCGGGGCGGCCCUUCAGGGGGACCUUUCCCAGACCGCCCGGGCCGCCCGGAUGUGCACGAAAAUGGAACAGCCUUUCUAUCACGACGACUCAUACGCAGCGGCGGGAUACGGUCGGACCCCUGGCAGUCUGUCUCUACACGACUACAAACUCCUGAAACCCACCUUGGCGCUCAACCUGGCGGAUCCCUACCGGGGUCUCAAGGGCCCCGGAGCGCGCGGUCCAGGCCCAGAGGGCAGUGGGGCGAGCGGCUUCUUUUCGGGUCAGGGUUCAGACACGGGCGCAUCUCUGAAGCUAGCCUCCACCGAGCUGGAGCGCUUGAUCGUCCCCAACAGCAACGGCGUGAUCACGACGACGCCCACGCCUCCGGGACAGUACUUCUACCCCCGUGGGGGUGGCAGCGGUGGAGGUACAGGGGGCGGCGUCACCGAGGAGCAGGAGGGCUUUGCGGACGGCUUUGUCAAAGCCCUGGACGACCUGCACAAGAUGAACCACGUGACGCCCCCCAACGUGUCCCUGGGCGCCAGCGGGGGUCCCCAGGCCGGGCCCGGGGGCGUCUACGCCGGUCCGGAGCCGCCUCCCGUCUACACCAACCUCAGCAGUUACUCCCCCGCCUCUGCACCCUCUGGGGGCUCCGGGACUGCCGUCGGGACGGGCAGCUCGUACCCGACGGCCACCAUCAGCUACCUCCCACAUGCGCCCCCCUUUGCGGGCGGCCACCCGGCGCAGCUCGGCCUGAGCCGCGGCGCUUCCGCCUUCAAGGAGGAACCGCAGACCGUGCCGGAGGCACGCAGCCGCGACGCCACGCCGCCCGUGUCCCCCAUCAACAUGGAAGACCAGGAGCGCAUCAAAGUGGAGCGAAAGCGGCUGCGGAACAGGCUGGCGGCCACCAAGUGCCGGAAGCGGAAGCUGGAGCGCAUCGCGCGCCUGGAGGACAAGGUGAAGACGCUCAAGGCCGAGAACGCGGGGCUGUCGAGUACGGCCGGCGUCCUGCGGGAGCAAGUGGCCCAGCUCAAGCAGAAGGUCAUGACCCACGUCAGCAACGGCUGCCAGCUGCUGCUGGGGGUCAAGGGACACGCCUUCUGAGCGCGCCCCUCACACGGACACCCCGGCCUGGGAGGCUGGGCGCCCGCCCCCGCCGGGUGAGGCGGCAGGCCGCAGGCCCUCCCCGGAGGCCUGGGGCGCCGCGCACACACUGGACUCCGGCCCGCCCGCCCGCGCCCGGCCCUUUCACCUCGACGUUUACAUGGCUCCCUUCCGGCGUAUUUUGUAUGGUUUUUUUUUUUUUUUCUGGAGAGAGACUGAAUUCAUAUUGAAUAUAAUAUAUUUGUGUAUUUAACAGAGAGGGGAGAAGGGGGCUAUCGCGGCGGAGCUGGCCCCGCCGCCUGGUACUCAGCCUGCCGGGACACUGGGGAGGGACCUCCGCCCCCUGCCCUCCCCCUCUGCACAGUACUGUGGAGAAGAAACACGCACUUCGUGUCUAGAGUCUAUUUUAAGAUGUGUUUGUGUGUGUGUGUUUGACUUUUUAUUGAAUCUAUUUAAGUAAAAAAAAAAAUUGUCUUUAUUAA